GAACAUCCCAGUGAGCUGCCAGUGCUGGCUCUGUCUCCACAGGGCGCUUGAAAUCACCUUCUGAGCAUUUCUCUGACAGUUCGGGCUUCUCCAAGGCACAUCUUGGCUCCCUGAUCUGUUCUCUGUGAAGUGAAGGGCUAAGGUUCAAGUCACACUCAUGUGGCUUUUAAUUACGUUUUUCAACCAUAAUUUUGACCAAACAGCUUUUACAUUGCCUAAUUCUUAAACAUGAAUUGAAAACCGAGGAUCAGUAUACAUUUGAGGAAAGCUGGUAAUGUGAAAAAUAAACACCAAGGUAAAUGGUAACAGCCUUGGAGGAAACAGAUGACUCAGGAGACAGACGAACUUAAACACUGGCACUGAUCAAGUUAAUUCCUACAUAGGGACCCUCAAAAUGGUGACCGCCCCGGGAGCCCAGCCAGGUCACAAUCUAAACCUAAGUCAGCCAGAAUGUACAGGAAACACCUGUCAAGGUAUCCUAACGAUAAAUAAAUGGCAAGCAAUAGGACAUAUUGGGGUAUGUGAGGAAGCCAUUUGGUGUAAAACUAAUUUGGCCUGACCUUGUUUUUCCAGAAAGUCCUGCUGUGGCUGUUGAGCAUGCAUUGUACAUCCACUUUAAGCAUUUACUAUGUCCCAAAGACAAGAACAAUGCCCUAAAGAUAAAGUAACUUCCCCACAUCGGCAUUUCCUUAAGGACAAGCAUCUCUUCCUAGGCUAGGGAUUGAUUGCUGACCUGCUGUGACCACCACCUCGAGACCACCGACCUGCUACCUGCCGUAUCCAUUAACUGCAGUGUGAAAUCCUGUGCCAGCAAAGCAUCUUGUGACAAUUGUAAAAGGGACAUUCCUAAUAUAUGUGAAGUAUGCUCUUUUUUCCAAGACGGUAUAUAACCACGCUGUGCACCCCAGCUCUUUGGUGCCCUUCCUUCCUUGAGGAAGGAAGGCCCCGGGCUAGUCCUCAGAUCUGGCUCAUAAUAAACUCACCCCAAUUUUGAUUUAUAAAUUGGUUAUGGAUUAUUGGCGUCGACACUAACGUACACCCAUCAGAAUCCUCCGACUCCGUGUAGCUAGCUCCCCAACCCCAGAGAGCAGGACCUGCCAGCUCUAUAAGGAAACCCCGACCUCCUGGCCGACCCCGCCCUGUACCUCUGCCCUUGCCUCCGUCCCUGAGGACAGGGCUCCACCACCGGGAGGCUCUGCAGCCCGUCCGGGGCUGUCUUCCCUUGAUGAAGGACAUCAAACUCAGUACUAAACUGUUUUAGUUUUGUCAUCUGACAGAUCAUAGGAGAGAUUCAGAAAGAUUGUGUUGGCUAAAAAAAACUACUCAUCAUGAAAAUAAGGGACAGUCAGAGAACAAGAGCGAGUUGUGGGAAAUCGGAAGUAUAAUUGCUGAGGUGAAGAAUUACCAGUGGAGAGACGGAAGAUGGUGGAGAGGAAUCUCCCAGAAAGUCCAGCAGCGCACUGAGAGAGAAUGUGUGAGGGAAAGACGGGAACUCAGGGGAUCCGUCACACGUCCAUCUGAACAACGGGAACACCAGAAGAGGGAUAUGAGCAGAGCAGACGUAGGAAAUUGUCAAAGAAGUUACGGAAGAUAAUUCCCAGGGCCGCAGGGAGACCCAGGGCUCAGACGGAAGAAGCCCUGUGUGCGCGCACAAGAGAUGCAGGAAGACCCACACCUACACACAGUGCUGCGCAAUUUUACAGCCGCAAGGAUGAAAAAGAAAAUCCUGCAAGAUACCAGAAAGAUAGAAACUGUCGGCAUCAAAGAAGUAAGACUUAAUCUAGCACCAUAACCAUUAACCAACGUUAGCACGCCAUCUGGAAUAGUUACUUCCUGUCGUGGGCCUCGCAAAGACAAACGUAGCAUUUGAACCAAAGCUGCACGUCCUGCUUCCAUCUGACCGGGACUCUGGACAGACCUCCAGAAAAUGGCCACCCAGGAGGAGGCCCCCAACAAGAUCUCACAGUUCGAUUACGCUUUGCUGCCAGAGCUCUCUGCUCUCCUGGGCAUGGACGCAGUUCAAUAUGCAAAGGAGAUAGAAGAAAAGGAGCAGGAAGACCGAGAAAAAAUGCAGAAAGGCUUUAACUCACGAAUGCGCAGUGAAGCAAAAAGGUUGAAGACGUUUGUGACCUACGAGUCCUACAGCUCGUGGACACCACAGGAGAUGGCAGCGGCGGGGUUCUACUUCACCGGCGUAAAAUCUGGGGUGCAGUGCUUCUGCUGUAGCUUAAUCCUCUUUGGCGCCAGCCUCCAGAGACGCCCCAUAGAAGACCACAAGAGGCUACAUCCAGACUGUGAGUUCCUUUUGGGCAAAGAUGUUGGUAACAUCGCCAAGUAUGACGUGAGAGUAAGGAAUCCAGAGAAGACGCUGAGAGGAGACACAGCGAGGUACCGAGAGGAGAAGGCCAGACUCGAGUCCUUCCAGAGCUGGCCAUUUUAUGCCCAAGGGACAGCCCCAAGGGAGCUCUCAGCAGCUGGCUUUGUCUUCACAGGUGUACGGGACAGCGUGCAGUGCUUUUCCUGUGGUGGGUGUUUAGGAAACUGGGAAGAAGGAGAUGAUCCUUGGAAGGAACACGCCAAGUGGUUCCCCAAGUGUGAAUUUCUUCAAAGUAAGAAAUCCUCAGAGGAAAUCGCCCAGUAUAUUCAAAGCUACAAGGGAUUUGUUGGCGUCACGGGAGAACAUUUUGUGAAUUCCUGGGUCAAGAGGGACGUACCUAUGGCAUCAGCUUAUUGCAGUAACAGCAUCUUUGCGAAUGAAGAACUACGGCUGGACUCUUUUAAGAAUUGGCCUCAUGCCUCCCCCGUGGGAGUCGCAGCUCUGGCCAAGGCAGGCUUUUCCUACACAGGAAUAAAGGACGUGGUCCAGUGCUUUUCCUGUGGAGGAUGUUUGGAGAACUGGAAGGAGGGUGAUGACCCAUUAGAAGAUCACACCAAAUAUUUUCCCAAUUGUCAGUUUCUCCAAAAUAUGAAGUCCUCUGUAGAAGUGAUUCCAGACCUUCAGAGCCAUGGUGAAUUUUCUGAAUUAACGGAAACCACAUGUGAAAGCAAUCUUGAAGAUUCGGCAGCAGUUAGUCCUACAGCGCCAGAGAUGGCCCAGGGUGAAGCCCAGUGGUUUCAGGAGGCAAAGGGUCUGAGUGAGCGACUGAGAAAAGCCUACACCAGUGCCCGUUUCUGCCACAUGUCUUUGCUUGAGGUCUCUUCCUGCCAAAUCACUGACCAGUUGCUGGGUUGUGAUCUGUCCCUUGCUUCAAAACCCAUCAGCAGUCCUGUGCAAGAGCCUGUGGUGUUGCCUGAGGUCUUUGCCAACUUGAACUCUGUCAUGUGUGUGAAGGGGGAAGCUGGUAGUGGAAAGACGGUCCUCCUGAAGCAAAUAGCUCUUCUCUGGGCAUCAGGAUGCUGCCCCUUGUUAAACAGGUUCCAGCUGGUCUUCUGUCUCUCCCUUAGCUCUACCAGACUGGACCAGGGGCUAGCCAACAUCAUCUGUGAGCAACUCCUAGAGACAGAAGGCCCUGUCACUGAAGUGUGCCUGAGGAACAUCAUCCAGCAGUUAAAGAACCAGGUGUUAUUCCUUCUGGAUGACUACAAAGAAAUGUGCUCGAUCCCCCAAGUCAUAGCAAAACUGAUUCAAAGAAACCACUCCUCAAGAGUCUGCUUAUUGAUUGCUGCCCGCACAAGCAGGGCCAGGGACAUCCACCGAUACCUACACACGAUUCUAGAGAUCAAAGGGUUUCCCUUCUAUAAUACCAUCUAUAUACUACGGAAGCUCUUUUCACACAAUAUGGCCCCCCUGCGGAAGUUUAUGGUUCACUUUGGAAGGAACAAAGGUUUGCAGGGAAUUCAGAAAACUCCCCUCUUUGUAGCAGCAGUCUGUGCUAAUUGGUCUCGGUAUCCUUUAGACCGGUCCUUUGAUGAUGUGGCUGUUUUCAAGUCCUACGUGGAAUGCCUUUUCUUAAAGUACAAAACCACAGCUGAACUUCUCAAAGCAACUGUGUCCUCCUGCGGUGAGCUGGCCUUGAAAGGAUUUUUUUCAUCUCGAUUUGAGUUUCACGAUGAUGACCUUGUAGAAGCUGGGGUUGAUGAAGACGAGGACCUAGCCAUGUGCCUGAUGAGCAAACUCACAGCGCAGAGACUGAGGCCAGUCUAUCAGUUUUUAAGUCCUGCGUUCCAAGAAUUUCUUGCUGGGAUGAGGCUGGCUGAACUCUUGGAUUCAGAUAGGCAAGAAGAUCAAGAUUUGGGACUUCAUUAUCUGAAACAAGUGAACUCGUCCUUGAUGGCUGUAAUUCCCUAUAACAAUUUUUUGAACUACGUCUCCUGCCACGCUUCAACCAAGGCGGGGCCAAAAGUUGUAUCUCAUUUGCUUCAUUUGGUGGAUAGUAAAGAGUCAUUGGAGAACAUCUCUGAAAAUGAUGACUACCUGAAGCACCGUCCAGAAAUUUCAGUGGAGAUGGAAUUUCUCAGGGGCUUGUGGCAACUUUGUCCACAAAGUUACUUUUCGUUGGUUUCAGAACAUUUACUGGCUCUUGCUGUAAAAAUUGCUUAUCAAAGCAAUACUGUUGCUGCAUGUUCUCCAUUUAUUUUGGGAUUCCUUCAAGGGAGAACCCUGAAAUUAGAAGUACUUAAGUUACGGUAUUUUUUUGACCACCCGGAAAGCCUAUUAUUGUUGAAGAGCAUCCAGGUCUUGAUACAAGGAAAGAAGGCCACGAGACUAGAUUUUUCAGUCCUGGAAACUUGUUUGGACAAAUCACAGGCACCAACUAUAGAUCAGGACUAUGCUUCUGCCUUUGAACCGAUGAAUAAAUGGGAGCAGAAUUUAGCUGAAAAAGAGGAAGACGUGGCGAGUUUUCUGAAUAAGCAACUCAGUGCACCGCCGGACAUCAGCACUGGCUACUGGACACUUUCUCCAAAGCAGUACAAGAUUCCCCUUCUGGAAGUCCAUGUGACUCAUACUGAUGCUGUGGGCCAGGAGAUGCUCAGGGUUCUAAUGGCAGUUUUCUCAGCUUCACAGCAUAUCAGACUCCACUUAGAGGACAGCAGGGGCUUUAUGGAAAGCAUCCGCCCAGCCCUUGAGCAGUAUAAGGCCUCCUUCACCAAGUGCUCCAUAAGCAAAUCUGAGCUGAGUGCGGGAGAACAGGAGUUGCUCCUCACCCUGUCUUCCCUGGAAUCUCUUGAAGUCUCAGGGACGACCCACAUGCAAGAUCACCUCUUUCCUAGUUUGGACAAGUUCCUGUGCCUAAAAGAGCUGUCUGUGAAUCUGGAUGGUAAAGAAAAUGUUUUUUCAGUCAUUCCUGAAGACUUCCUAAAUCUCCACCGUAUGGAGAAAUUAUUGAUCCGUAUUUCAGCUGAGCGUGGUCCUUCCAAACUAGUCAAAUUAAUUCAGAAUUCUCCAGACCUUCAUGUUUUCCACCUGCAAUGUAAUUUCUUUUCGGAUUUUGAAUCUCUCAUGACUGCACUAGCUUCUUGCAAGAAACUCAAAGAAAUUAAGCUUUCUGGAAAAUUUUUUAAAGCCAUCCCAUUUGUCAUCAUUUUGCCAAAUUUUACUUCUCUGAAGGUACUAAAUCUUGAACAACAAGAAUUUCCUGAUAAGGAAACAGCUGAAAAAUUUGCCCACACUUUAGGUUCUCUUAAUAACCUGGAGGAAUUGAUCCUUCCUACUGGGGAUGCCGUUCAUCAAGUGGCCAAACUGAUCAUCCAGCAGUGUCGGCACCUUCGAUGUCUCCGAGUUCUCUCAUUUUACCAGACUUUGAAUGAUGACAGCGUGAUGGAAAUUGCCAAGGUAGCAAUCAAUGGAGGUUUCCAGAAACUCGAGAACUUAGAUCUUGAGAUCAAUCACAAGAUUACAGAGGAAGGAUACAGAAACUUCUUUCAAGCCCUGGACAACCUACCACACUUGCAAGAGUUGAUUAUUUCCAGGCACUUCACGGAAUGUAUCAAAGCUCAGGCCGUGACAGUCAAGGCUCUGAGUCAAUGUGUGUCACGCCUGCCGAGCCUCACCAGACUGAGCAUGUUAAGCUGGCUCCUGGAUGCAGAGGACGUCGCACUGCUUACAGCCGUGAAAGAAAGACAUCCUCAGUCUAAAUACUUAAUCAUUCACUGGAAAUGGGUACUGCCAUUCUCUCCAAUCAUUCAGAAAUAGAAGAGUUAGCUAAAAACUGCUGAAUCAAGGAAAUUUUUGUCAACAAUUCUAAAAGUUUAAUUACCCAAAAACAUUUUAUUAAAUAUUGCAUACAAAAUAUUUAUACAAUGUGUAGGGCAUGUAAUAAAGAAACCAAACACUUUGCUUACACAUCA